AUGGAGUCCCAGAUGUGCUACGAUGACGUCGCAUGGGAGCAAUCCGAUGACAUUUCUGAUAAUUGGCUAUCCCAGUUUCUGGAUAUCAACAUCAAAAGACCUAUCGCUCAGUUUAUCCUGAAGCAUGACUCCGGAGAUGAUCCUGAGUUUAAAAUUCUUCAAAAGGGAUCGUUCAAUAUCACAUUACAAAUGAAGUAUACAUAUGGCGCGACAAAUAUUCGAUUUCCACAGCCUGGGGCAGUUCUGUUUCCCGAAGAAAAGGUCCAGAAUGAAGUGGCUGUCAUGCGAUAUAUCUCGGACCAAACAUCAGUCCCGAUUCCCUUCGUUCUGCAUUCUGGCACACAGAAAGAGAGCCCCCCUCAGCCUAGGCCCGUUUAUCAUGAUGAGCCAUAUUGCCCAUUCAACGACCAUCUUGACAAGCUAUACAGGCAACUGGCAAUGGUCCUCCUUGAUCUUUCCAAGCCACAGUUUCAACGAAUAGGGUCUCUAAGCCAAGUGGAUGACUUCACCUGGAAGGUGACUGGCCGACCAUUAUCAAUGAACAUGAACGAGCUUGUGCGUUUGGGAACAUUGCCUCGAUCGAAAUUACCACCGCAAUUUAGCACUUUUCAGACUGCAUCAUCAUAUAUUGAAUAUUUGGCGCAGCUCAACAUUCUACAUUUGAUAUAUCAAAGGAAUGAUGCAGUAAAGUCUGCAGAUGACUGCCGUCGGAAAUACGUGGCAAGGCUGCUGUUUCACAAGCUUGCCAAAGACAAAAAAUUGUCUCAAUCAUGCCACGAGAAUGGACCAUUCAAACUCUGGUGUGAUGACUUCCGGCCGGCGAACAUCCUGCUUCAUGAUGACCUCACUAUUGCUGGUAUAGUGGAUUGGGAGUUCACAUAUGCAGCGCCACUGGAGUUCUCGUAUGCGCCACCCUGGUGGCUCCUCAUCGAAAAACCUGAAUUCUGGCGGGAGGGCCUUGAUGGCUGGACAAGGGUAUUUGAACGCCGUCUAGAAACAUUCCUCGCCGCAAUGAGACAUUGUGAAGAAAUGGCUUCCCAGCAAGGCCAGUGCCGCCUGUCGGAGAAAAUGCGACAAAGCUGGGAGACUGGCGACUUCUGGGUAGUUUAUGGCCUUUUGCACAGCUUUGCUUUUGACGCAAUCUAUUGGCAAAAGAUUGACCGGCGUUUUUUUGGGCCCACAAAGACCAAUGACCCAAAUGAGGCAUGGAAAGAGCGAUUAUACCUACUAGAUCAAGACCAAAGACGUGACAUGGAACGACUAGUGACUUCUAAGCUUGCAGAGAUGGAAGAAAGGGUCUUGGCAUGGGAUCCGGAUGAAUAUACCGAAAAUUUUCGCCAACAAUUGAAGAUGGCGAGAGCGGAGAAGUUGGGGGUGGAUUAA